AUGUCAAAAGAUGUAGACUAUCAGAAAAACCAAAGAAAAUGGUUUAAAGAUGUAGCAACAAGAAGUGGAAGAAAAGUAAAGCCUCCCAAUAAUUUAGUUUUCAUCAGUUUUCUUCUAAAGAAUCAGCACAUGAUAAUAAAAUGGGGAAAAUGAGAGUCAAGUGACAUAUUCACAGGCGUAAUGUACAACACCUACGCGCUGCCUUCUGGAUUUUGCUUCGUUAUUUUAUGCGGUGACGAGCCAGUUAUAGAUGACAAAAAAAGCUUUGAAUAUAACGUCGACAGAAGGGUUGAUGAAUUUGUUGCUUAUCUAGACAACGUUACACAAGUUUAUUCCACAAACAACGUCAUCAUUACCAUGGGCGAAGACUUCAACUACCAAGACGCUGAAGCCUGGUUCGUCAAUCUGGACAAACUAAUUUACUAUGUGAAUCAACGUCAAUUAUCUGGCUCAAAAUACAAUCUAAUUUACUCAACACCGUCCUGCUACGUUAACGCCGUCCACAAUGAGACUAAAAACAACUGGAUUCUGAAGCAGGACGACUUUUUCCCUUACGCUUCCGAUCCUCACGCUUUCUAG